AUGCCGUUCACUCGCACUGUUUAUCAGGCGUUACAGCGCUCAUACCCCUAUUCAGCCAGGACAGCGGCUCGGAGCUGGGCUUCUUACUCAACUACAUCGAUACCCUCCCUGGACCGUCUGAAGGGGGCAACAUGCAUGGUUACGGGGGGUUCAUCGGGUAUUGGCCUUGGAAUAGCGCAACGGUUUCUCCUGGAAGGGGCAGAGAGAAUCAUUCUUAUUGGACGGAAUAGACAACGACUCGAGGAUGCUGUGAAACAGUUAAAUCCCGAUGCCACCUUGGAUGAAAGCUCUGAAACAGCCAAAAUCGUACAUUCGGACCAGUUCUCACUAGUGAUGGGAGAUGUUGGCAGUCCGAGAUUCUGGUGUGAAGAUGUCAAGCGGCUGAUGGGGGGAGUUGAUAUCCUGGUCAACGCCGCCGGGGUUUCUCACUCGUCUCUUCUCCCUACUGCGAAGGACGAACAUAUUACCCAGAUACUGAAUACCAACCUGCAAGGAACAAUCUUUGCUUGUCGAAGUAUGACCAGACAGGCCCUUCGUCAGCGGCGAGCACAGCAGCGACAGGCAGAGGAUGGCUCAGCGGGAUCCUAUUCCGGAUCAAAGUGUAUCAUUAAUAUCUCGUCCUUGCAUGCGUCCAAGGGGGGAGUGGGCGUGGCAACGUAUGCGUCUACCAAGGCUGGGGUGAUUGCUUUGACCAGGGCUAUUGUUGCGGAGUCAAACUUGUCUUCCUCUGGAGCAAAUAUUCGUGCAAAUGUUAUUGUUCCUGGCUACAUUGACACAAAGAUGCUCGACGAGCUUAGUGAGAAAUUCCGUAAGGAGGUGGUGCAAUCCAUUCCCCUUCGGCGAUUAGGGAUGGUCGAAGAAGUGGCCGAUGCUGCUGUGUUUGUGGCCACGAACCAAUAUGCCAAUAACUGCGUGCUAAACAUUGACGGAGGACUGAGUGCUGCGUGA